AUGUGGACUUCUGCAAGUUUACGACUUGCACUAUUGGAGAAGGUCAUGGCACGACGUUUUAGCAGUCAAAUUGGAUUGGAGAUUUUCCGCUUAAAAGUAGGUUUCAGCGGCUGUUCCAGGAAAGUUUCGACCGUCAACGAGAUGGGAACUUGGGAGGACGAAUGGACCGAUUGUAGUAAUUUGUUGGAUCAGGUUGUAGCCAACAAUAAUGUCGCUGAUAAUUGGAAAUGGCUUCUUCAUGAUUCAUUUUCGUAUAAGGUAAGCUCUUUCUAUACUGCUUUAACUUCUUCUGCUUCUGUUCACGAUAUUGGUAGUGAUGGCGCAACACUUCUGGAGAUCCUUUGGAAAACAGUGUUACCGGCAAAAGUCCAAACUUUUAUUUGGAGGAUGGCGCUUGAUAGGCUGCCUACCAGAUCUAAUUUGAUGAAAAGAAGGGUGAUUGAUUAUUCCCAAAAUUUGGAUUGUGCGUUCUGUUCGUCAAGCUACGAGGAUGUUUCACAUCUCUUCUUCUCGUGCACUAAAUCAUCGUUGGUUUGGAAUAUGAUUUGCGACUGGGUGGAUAUAGAGAACAUCUCAGAGGAUUGUUGUAAUCUUCAUGCGAAGGUAUGA